AUGUCGUCCCCGCUGCGCAGAGGUUUUAUGAAGAACUGUUACGCUAUCAUCGGAAGUGUCCUCGUCGGAGGAGCUUGGUACUUGAAGCGCCUCGCUACUGGCCCAACUGUCGUCUGGACCAAGACCAACCCUACACCUUGGAACACCAUUCAGCCUGAUCAGGGAACGAAGAUUGUCGAGGUCAACCAGAAGUUUGACAAAGGCUGGUCGCGAGAGAAGUUGUAA